AUGAAAAGUAAAAAACCUGUUGGGGUGGACGAGAUUGCAGAUUUUGACUUUGAUGGGGAAUUAGAGAAAGAAAAGAAAAUGAGAGAGGAGACGAAACCAAGAUUGGCAAAUCGAAUGCUCGAGAACGCUCAGAUUCGUCGGCAAUUUCUUGAGGAAACGAAAAACAAGCGAAACGCAAGGCUUAAUGACGAGGAAGAAAAACUCACAGGAAAAAAGUUUCAAAAAUUUGAGACCAAAUCAUACCAACUGAUGAAGGAAAAAGAAAAAAAAGGAAAAGAAGAAGAAACAGACAUGGCAAAAUUUUAUAGUGACGUCAUGUUUGGAAAUAACACGAUGAUGGGGGACUUUUUGGCGACGGAACGAGAAGAGAGAAAGUUUGAAGAACAAAAGAAAAGAGCAAAAAUCGAAAAACAGAAAAAAGAGGAAAAAUUGAAGUCGGAAAAGAUGAUUGCCGAAAUUGAAAAACAAAGAGGCGAGAUUGAAAUCGCCAAAACGGUCGAACAGAAGAGGGAAGAAAUUCAACUGCAAAAUUUGAUGAAAUCAAAAAAUACGAAGGAAACAGUUUUAGAUGCAAAACAGAGGUACCUUCUCAGAAAGCAACAACAACUGAACUGA